AGGAGGAGGAGGAGCGAGGGCGACGGCGGCGGCGGCGGCCGAGGGAGAAGAUGUCCGCCUCGUUGGUGCGAGCCACCGUCCGGGCUGUGAGCAAGCGAAAGCUGCAGGCCUCCCGGGCCGCCCUCACUCUGACCCCGUCAGCCGUAAAUAAGAUAAAGCAACUUCUGAAAGACAAACCUGAAAAUGUGGGUGUGAAGGUCGGCGUCCGCACCCGGGGCUGUAAUGGCCUGUCGUACACUUUGGAGUACACGAAGACCAAAGGAGACUCUGAUGAAGAAGUAGUCCAAGAUGGAAUUAGGGUGUUCAUCGAAAAGAAGGCCCAGCUAACACUCUUAGGAACAGAAAUGGACUAUGUAGAAGACAAAUUGUCCAGCGAAUUUGUAUUCAAUAAUCCAAACAUCAAAGGAACAUGUGGGUGUGGAGAAAGUUUUAACAUUUGAGACCUCAGGACUGCUCGUUUGCUUUUAAGCCCCAGAAAUACUCCUAGUGGCUUUCUAAACCGUCGUGUUUCUUUCAGGUUCUCGGCCUUUGUAAUCUGGGGAAAUAAAGUUCGUACCUUUGGAAAUGGAAACCGGCGUGGUGAAUUUCCGCACGGGGGCAUCGAGCGAUGGCGAUAGUGAAGUGCUGGGCUGUUUACGCUGUUCGGUUCAGAACAAAAAGAAAAAACAAAUUUACCCUGCCUGAAAGAUCCUUCUCGUUGGAAUGAUUUCCCCGUCUUCUGCUUGUCCCUGGGGGGUGGCUCUGGGUUUGUCGGCGUCCGGGGGACAGCCUCUUUAAUGGGCGGUCCCCGCGGUCCCACGUUCAUUCAGUCCUCCUGGGAUGCGGGGGUUGAGUCCCGCUAAGGAAAGCUCGUCGUUUCUGGCCCUCGGCGCGGGAUCCAGAUAGGUGCGCGUCGGCGGAAGAACAUCUCCGAAUGCCGCCGUCGCCUCCUAUCCGGAGAGCGCGUUCCGGCGGGACUGACCGUUCUGUCUCCCUCUGUUUUCGGCCUCGGUUUUUACCAUCCGAAGGCCGGAAGAUCCUCCGCCGGUCCCUCGAUCGUCGGUAUUCAUUGGGUGCUUUCUGUGUGCCGGGCACUUCGCUAAGGUCAACCAACCAAACGCGAAGAGCAGAAAGAAUUGGGCGGGGGGAGCGAGGGGAGAUUUACGAAAGCAUCUACUUAAGCUCUGCCAGGAUGUCUCAUCCCCGUUUACCCCCUUAGAAACCCAGUCGCGGAGGAGGCGAGGGACGUCCGCAGCGUGUGGGUUAUUCCGUUAUCAGGACCUCCCUCUGCUCCCGCUUCUUCGUCUCCGUCUCCGCUCUGCCAUCUGCCUUCAGAUGACGGAGAGUUAGGUCCAAGCCGAAAGACUCCCGGCUCGGUUGCACGCGGUGUCCCCGAAGAGGCUGUGGUUCGUUUCCCCCGGCUCUCGGAGAGCAGGCGGUGGGUGGCCUUUGUUGGGCCUCCCGAGUAGGCGGAGGUAAACUGUAGAGUUGGAGAGAACCUCGUCCGUAAACACGUAAGCUGUCUUCUCUCCUUCCCUUAGAGCCGGGGAGGAGGUCAGGGAAGUCCGUGUAGUGGAUCCGGCCUCAGCCGCGCCCUCAAUUCUUUUUAUUUCCCCAAAACUUCCCAAAUGAAGGACGUUUUCCAGAUCCUGAAUCGGAGUGCCAGAAGAUUGAAACAGCUGUUUUUAUGAAUGUCAGCGAGCCCUCUUUCCAGCAACUUUCCAUAACAAGGCUCUAUUUUUGACUCGUUUCUGUAGAGUUUCGCAUAGUCAACGUCCGAUUGCGCGCGGAGGGGCGUAGGCUUCGCGUUUGAAAUCGGACACUGCCGGAAAACGAAGCAGCCCGGAUUCUUCGAAUACGGCCGUCGCGUUAACGGAACGCACGACAGCCAGGCUGGACACGUGAUGUGAACGCUAGCGCCUGUCUGUGUACAGUUGAUUCGAAUUUUGCUCUGUUCGUAAUCCGUGUGAUACUGUGUGUGGCGUUUUCGGUUGUCAAUAAAUUACAGCUUCUUGGCCAUCA